AUGGAAGGGCGGAGGAGGAUGGCGUGGGCCGAGUCUCGACGGGGAGGUUCUGAGAAGUUCUCCGUCGGGGUGAGGAUCAUCUGCUACCUGACGACGUUCAGUGGAGGAUUCUAUUUUGCCAACAUCGGUGGGAACCGACCGCUGAAGUUCCGGCUUUUGUCAUGGAGGACGCUCUGGUCCCUCAUCCUCAUCGGGGCCUUGAUAUACAAUCGAUACCGCCAAUACACAGACUCCAAGGAAUUUUUCGAGGCGGGCCUGAAAGCAAAUUUUUUCUCGGAAACGGACGUGAAGGCCAAUUACGUUCAACUCUUCGUGCUCUUCUUGGCGGCGCUGCUCUCGAUCGUCUACUGGAUCGUGCGAGGUCAGGCCCUCUGCGACCUGUUCGAUGAAGCCUGGGAACUGGAUCGUCAGAUGGGAACGGACGAACGACGGAGGUGGCUGUGGGUCGUUGGCAGCGUCGUGUCCAGCAGCGUGUUUGCGGUGGUGGUUGCUUUCGGGAGUCCGGCCGUGAAGAUUUCGGCGUGGAAGGCGCUGGAUGUCUUUGCGCUGGUGGUCGUUGGGCUGAAUGGGGUGACUCAGCCGUUGCUCUACGCUUGGCUUUCUUCUCAGAUCGUCCGGUUUCAGCAGCAUAUGAUGACAGAGAUGCGGGAGCAGAGGACAACCGGAGAGGAGUGGCAGGAAGAACGAAAUCGGCUGGAAUCCUUGACGAAAAAACUUAACCGGACUUACGGACCCCUGGCGAUAAUCCAUCUUGCCCGCGAUGCCGUCCUUGUUUCGAUAGUCGUUUUUCUCUUCAUCCGCUCCGUCGCCGCCUACGGUCUGGGCGCAUUAAUGAUGGUCACCCUCUGCACCGCCUCGGUCUGUUUCGUGGUCCCCAUCCUCAUCUUUCACCUUGCUGCCGAACAGGUUACCAUCCAGGAAGAUCUGUUAUGGAGAACGACGGCUGCCGCCUGCACAGCUGCGGGAGUCAAGAUUUCGGUCGAGUCUCCCAAUGGAACUUUAUCGCACCUGGACAUUCCGACCUCAAGGAAAGAGAAUCGCCUGUUGAUGGAGGCAGACGGCUGCUACAAGCUGAGGCGGAUCCGCCCCACGGCCGCUGGGUUCUUCGGCUUGGGACAUGGCCCCCUGGCAGAGUUGACCGACGUGAUUCUCACCUACCUCAUCGUCCUGUUCCAAUUCAGCCAAGAUGACUACAAGCUUAGCGGGUGAUCAUGGUUCAUGGAUGUUCACGUUCUGGGGUACACAGCAAAUCCUCGUCCAUUACACGCUCGUCGUCGUGAUAAAAAACUCUAGCGAAUGGAGUAAUUCACGGCAUUGCAA